GUUAGCCACAAUGUCGUUUGCCCCACCUCCUCAUUUCAUAUAUAAACCCUAACAACAACCUCUUUCCUACUCUGCUCGCAUCUAUCUUUUUCAUUAAUCCCACUCCAACUCUCCAUCUCUGAUCAUAAAAUGUCUUGCUUCAAGAACAAAUACGCUGAUGAGCUUGUUAAGAAUGCUGCCUACAUUGGCACCCCUGGAAAGGGUAUCCUUGCUGCUGAUGAGUCAACUGGCACAAUUGGCAAGCGUCUAUCCAGUAUUAAUGUUGAGAACGUUGAGGAAAACAGGCGUGCCCUUCGUGAGCUCCUUUUCUGCACUCCUGGUGCCCUCCAACACCUCAGUGGAGUCAUUUUCUUUGAGGAAACUCUCUACCAAAAGACUGCGUCAGGCAAGCUCUUUGUUGAUGUCUUGAAGAAAGGUGGUGUUCUACCUGGAAUCAAGGUUGACAAGGGUACUGUUGAGCUUCCUGGCACUAAUGGUGAGACCACAACUCAGGGUCUUGAUGGCCUUGGUCAACGCUGUGCAAAGUACUAUGAAGCUGGUGCACGUUUUGCCAAAUGGCGCGCUGUGCUAAAGAUUGGUCUCACUGAGCCAUCUGAGUUGGCCAUCCAUGAGAAUGCCUAUGGUUUAGCCAGAUACGCUGCCAUCUGCCAGGAGAAUGGCUUGGUCCCCAUUGUGGAGCCUGAAAUCUUGAUUGACGGGUCUCAUAGUAUUGAGAAGUGUGCUGCUGUAACUGAGCGGGUUCUCGCUGCAUGCUACAAAGCUCUCAAUGACCACCAUGUCAUGCUUGAGGGUACUCUUUUGAAACCCAACAUGGUGACUCCUGGAUCGGAUGCACCAAAGGUUGCACACGAGGUGAUUGCCAAGUGCACUGUCCGUGCCCUUCAACGCACUGUGCCUGCUGCAGUUCCUGCUAUCGUAUUCUUGUCUGGUGGACAGAGUGAGGAGGAGGCUACACGCAACCUCAAUGCCAUUAACAAACUAAAAACGAAGAAGCCAUGGUCUCUUUCCUUUUCCUUUGGACGUGCCCUUCAGCAGAGUACCCUUAAGGCCUGGGCUGGCAAGACCGAGAAUGUGGAGAAGGCUCGUGCAGCAUUCCUUUGCAGGUGCAAAGCUAACUCAGAGGCUACUCUUGGUACUUACCAGGGUGAUGCUGCUCCUGGCGAGGGUGCUUCAGAGAGCCUCCACGUCAAGGACUAUAAGUAUUAAGAAUUCCCAACUUGUCAUAGUUCUGGAGAGUUGCUGUCUUCAUAGUUUAAGCCCUUUUUUUUUUUUUUUCAAUCUGUGGUGGUGCCGGUAUUUAGCUUGGAACUAGAACAAUAAAAGCUUGAGGGUAAAUAUUGGCGUGUUGAGUUUGAUGAUUUUGAUCAGUUUCGGUCUACAACCGUCUGAUGUUUUCUUUUUUCUAAAACCUAAUGAAGACUAUGACUGUAUUUUGUUGGA